AUGAGUGUGCAGUACCAGCAGACAUUCACGCCCCCUCAUCUCUUGAACAACAACCGCCGCUCUCCCUCCCGCAACCCCUACGCCCCUUCCGCCGCCAUGACUGGCCGCAAGCGGAAAGCCGAGGACGAUGGCAGCGCCGGCGACGACGACCGCAUGAGUGCAUCGCCCACCACAUCCUCCGCCGUACUCCCACGACCCGCGCCACGAGGCAUGAAGCGCAUGCGAACCAACAUCUCCGGCCGCCCACUCCCGCUCCCUCGCCUCCUCGAGACGCUCAGCCCCGACGAGAUGCGCAACCUGCUGCAGUCCAUCUGCCAGCGCCACCCGGACAUCGGCAACGAAGUCGUCACAACCGCGCCCCGGCCAAGCAUACAGUCAACGCUGGAAGUCCUGUCAAAGUACGAGGCCGCGUUCCAGGCAGCCUUCCCCUUUGGCGGCCGUGCGUCAUCAGACUAUGCAUACAAUAGGGUGCGGCAACAACUCGAUGAACUGCUCGACUCCCUCAAAGACUUCACACCUCACUUCCUCCCGCCGCACGAACAUCAGCCCGCCACAUCGCUCGCCUUCCUCGACGGCGCCACCGAGAUCAUCCAUCGGCUACCCAACUGGGAUACGUACCAACACAACCGUCACAAGCAAGAGGCGUACGAGGAGAUGGCCAAGGCGUGGGCGAUGGUCAUCCAGGAGGCAGCAAAGAAGGCGGGUGGAAUACAGCUCCAAUACGGCGGAUGGGACGAGAAGAUUGCGAAACACAAUGAGAUCUCGGGCGGAAAGAUGCAGGAGGCAGUCAACGAGUUGCGUGGAGGACUCGGCUGGAUGGGCGCAGAGACCCCCAAUCCCGCCGCCGGCGGGUCCAAUGAUGCCAUGUCCAUCCGCCAGCAGCUGCUGAGCGGAAACUACGGAACUGGCUCUCCCGCAAGCAUAGGCGCAUGGUAG